UUAACUUCUUACUCGAUCUACCAUCUGUGUCAUGUUUUGGUUUCUAUUAACCAAAACAGAAUGUUUUUAAUUAUUACAGUGUACCAAUGCAUCAGUUAUUUUAUGGUUUUUUGAACUGUUCAUUACUGCGAAUAACAGAUAGGAGUGACUGUGAUAUAUAGGACUCAGUGUAGUUCUCUUUUUUCUUUUGGAAUCGUGUUGAUUUUUUUUUGACUUCCUGAAAUUGUCAGUAGUAUUUAUACGGAAGUUAUGACGUCAAAGUUUAUACACUUCACUCCUUUUAAAUAGUUUGGUGUGCAAAUUCAGUACACAUAUACCCAAGGCGAAUGGCAGUCUCUAUAGAUAUUAUUCACAGACACAAUUAUCAGUGGAACUCACUUAAUAACUGGUCACAUUAGAGAUAUGAACCAGCUAUUUUGUUGAUAUGGGUUUGUAAAACCUCCCACAUGGGAAAAUUGUUUACCUUUGUUAGUGUGAAUGAAUGCAAGGGCUGGAUUUCAUGAUUUAAGGGUAAAAAUAGAACAGUGAAAUUUGACACUAGAAGAUAUGAAGUUAUGAACAGAACUUAAAUUAUCUGAAACCUACUGCAAGUUCUGCAUUUGGAAGCUCAACGACUAUGGAAGACAUCUUCAUUGAAGUCGGCGUUAUGUUCUUCGCAGCUUCAACGGCCUCUUCAUUUUUUAAGAUAACUUCCAAAUCAUUCUCUCUUAAUCUGCUCUCUUCGAUUUACUCAGGCUCUUACAUUUUUCUUCAUUUUUGUUAUGGGAAAAAGAGCUCAGAAGAAGAUAUUCCUGAAAUCUCUCUUUGGUUUCACUUCAGCCAAUGCUUACAUAUAAGGAGCUACUUCAAAGCUUGGAAGAGCAAUUGCACAUCUGUUUUCCAAAAGAAAGUCAGUUUUGGUUAUUGAAUUUUCCCAUGAAAUGUUUUCCCAAACAAAGUAUCCAUGCUCACAUUGCUGAUAUUAUUGUUGAGCUACACAUGAAAGCCAACAGAAAACAAGACGUGUCAAUGGAGAAACCCUAGGCGCGCUUUGGCGCGUGAGGAGGCAGCGGCCAACGGUAGCAAAAUCUGUGAAGAUACAUUUUUUUUAUAAGUCAAUCUGUAAAGAUAUGAUUACAUUAACCGAACAAAAGAAACAUUAUUAACUGAGUUCAUUCGAUGUAACUUUCUUAACUGAGACACUGAGUUCAUUCGUGAGACUUGCGUGAGAAGACAACGUUGUUCCUUCGAUUUCGAUCAAGAUUAGGAUUUGUUGCAUGCUGCCGCUAGCAAUGGCAGACAAAUGCAAAUCCAAGAGGGUUUAUUCCUAUGCUCUGUUGUUCGCGAUCAACUCCGCCACCAAGGCGAAAACAACCACCGUGGUGCCCACUCAAGAAACCACCGCCGCCGUCAAGGGACCUGCAAGAACAGUGGAAACCAUCGAUCCUCUCAAGAAGAAGCAAUGUUUUGUUGCUCUACAGAGGCUAAUGGAACACCGUGGUGGGCGGGCUUUCAGGAAUGGAAAGGGUUUUGCGGCAGAUUGCCAUCUUUCAUCCAAGCCGUUGAUGGAUUUUGAGACGGUGAAGCACAAACUGGACAAGGGUUUGUACGCAAGCCCUGAUCAGUUUGCUGGUGAUCUCAGAAUCUUGUUUUGUAAUGCCAUGGUUUACUAUCCUCCCAACCAUGAAAUUCACCGAAUUGCAGAUAAAUUGAGUGAUUUUUUUGAGUUCAAGUGGAAGUCUAUGGAGAAUCUCUGGGCAGCUGAGACUGAGAGAGAAAAGGAGAGAGAAAAGGCAGAGCAAGAAAAACCAAAACGGAAGCCAUUGCAAACCGUUGUCGUCGCCAGAGAUCGUGGUGGAAGGAAAAGGAAAUUAUCAAACGAAAAGGAGGAAAGGGAAGAUGCUAGAAUGAGGGUACAAAAGAUGAGGAGAACCGUUUUUCUUGAUGAAAAUUUGAACUCUUUUAAGGAGCUAGAGAAGCUGUGCGGCUAUUCACUCGCUGAUUUCCGAAUUUCCAAUGCACUGAUGGAAGAUAUUGGUCUAAUUCUAAAACCAGAACGGGAGCCUUUUCAGAACCGCUUAUUUGGCUUGCGAAGAAAGAAGGAAAGAGAAGCUGCUAGAAUGAAGGUACAACAAAUGAAGAGAACAGUUUUUCUUGAUGACAAUUUGAACUCUUUUCAAGAAUUAGAGAAGUUGUGUGGUUAUUCACUCGCCGAUUGCAGAAUCUCCAAUGCACUGAUGGAAGAUGUUGGUCUCGUUCUAAAACCCUAGCUAGUAUCUCACGGAGAAGAUUUGGAAGAGUAGGUAGGAGUUUUUGAAUAGAGAGAUUCCUUUGUAGUUAUCUUAGGAAAUUGUAAAUUCAUUUGUUUGAUGGAAUCAAAUUGUGUACAAUCUGAACCUCAUUGUAAUUUGUCAAUUUGAAGUCAAUUAAUUGCUACAUUACCUCUGCCAUUUAGGCAGAGUUUGUCACAAAUCUGAG